UUAUUAUUAUAAAAGGCACACGCAUUCACGUUCACGUUCACAUCCACACCCACGAACACAGUCCUGUAAACGGUUUUCCUCUUUCAUCACCAUCUUUUUUCCACAAUAAGGCCACGGUAGAAUCAAGACUAUAGCAUGCCUGCUCCACGUUACAUUGCGCAUCAUUCUUAUGGCGCCGAAAAAGACGAUGAAUUGACCCUUGAGGUUGGAGACAUUGUUGUCGUUUCGGACCAAACGGAUGAAGGAUGGUGGGUGGGCGAGAAAGAAAAAGAUGGCAGCGCUGGCUGGUUUCCAUCUAAUUUUGUAGAGCCCUACGAGGAGGAGGUUUCAGCCCCAGCCCCAACCUCAGCCUCAGCUCCGGUUCCAGUUGCUUCAGUUCCUGCAGCUUCGGAAGAAACCGCACCCGAAACCGCACCUGCACCUGCACCUGCACCUGCACCUGCACCUGCACCUGCGCAGACACAGGAUCCUACUGCCUCAGAGGAAGCACCAGCAGCACCUAAAAAUGAAGGACCUGUCCUUGCACGCGUGGAAUAUGACUACGAAGCAAAGGAGUCUGGGGAACUGUCGUUGGAGACGGGCCGCGUGGUCACCAUUCUUGAUUCGAGUGAUCCUGCAUGGUGGAAGGGUGAUCUGAACGGCAGGAUUGGUGUUUUCCCAAGCAAUUACGUCAAACUCAUCGAAAACAAAGAGGAUGGCGAUAGCGAUAAACCGACAAAAUUCAAACUGGCUGCAUUCGGCGUCAAGCAAGGAGGACUUGGUUCUCUUUUUGCAGGAGGCGUCAUCCCGGGAUUGAAAAAGACGGGGAAUUUGAAAAAGCUGGGUGGCAUUGAGCCAGGUAAUCCUACUGGAGCUGAGGCUGCCCCUGUCCUUGUUCCUGCUCCUGCUCAUGCUCCUGCUCAUGCUCCUGCUCAUGCUCCUGCUCAUGCUCCUGCUCAUGCUCCUGCUCAUGCUCCUGCUCAUGCUCCUGCUCAUGCUCCUGCUCAUGCUCCUGCUCAUGCUCCUGCUCAUGCUCCUGCUCAUGCUCCUGCUCCUGCUCAUGUCCCUGCUCAUGCCCCAACUUCGGUCCCUGUUCAUGGUGUAGGUGCCGGAACAGGCAGCACAUCCAGACGGACUUCAGUGGAUGAGCCACGCUCUCCAGGCUUUAGCGCUCGUAACGCUUCAGCUGCAAAACUUAUCCCACCAGUCGCAGAGGAGGUGCUUGCACCGCUGAUCAAUAAUCCUAUACGUGCUACUCCUCCAGCCCCUCCAGUUCCAGCUCCUUCGGCUCCUCUAGGUCCCCCAGUUCAUCCAGUCGAGGAAGUUGCUGCUUCCCCCGAGCCACGUAUCCCUAGCCGAGCCAAAAAGCCCAAAGCCAAGCAAAUUAAGGCGCUCGUUAUGUAUGAAUACACCGCACAAGAAGAUGACGAGAUUUCGUUGAUCAAGGGAUCAACAGUAGUGGUGACGGACAAGAUGGGAGACGAAGGCUGGUGGUGUGGCAGGAAUGAGCAAGGUGAAAGUGGCAACUUUCCAUCGGAUUUUGUUCAGGAGAUCAAGGAAGAACCAGCCCAGCCCUCUACCGCCAUACCCAUAUCCCCAACUCCAGCUCCCGCCCCAGCUCCAGUCCCUGUCAGCACUCUCCCUGAGCCAACAGCCACUGUUCACCAUGAAGAGCCACCAAAGUCACCGGUGCACUCUCGUCCACCCCUUCAUGCUCCUGUCGCAUUGCCUCCAAUCCCUUCAGAAUCUGGGCAUGCAAGGACUGAAGUGCCCACAGUGACACCACCACCUGUUGCCCGUGCUUCACGACCUCCUUCUAUGAUUGCAUCGCCUGGAGCCUCGUCAACACUAUCGAACGAUGGACCACCAUUGCCCUCUUCUCCCCCACCAAGAAGAGCAUCUUUGGCGUCUCGUUCCAGCAGCCGUGAUUAUCCAGUAUCACCACGCUUAGUCUCCGCGCCUUUGGCCCUUAAUCCUGAACCAUUGUCUCCCACGGCUGCAGCUGUCAGCGCUACUGGUGUUGGUCAAGGUAAUUCUCGACCCAAUACCGCACCGCGACCUCAUAAGCCCAUUCCUGAGGCACCUGAGGCAGAAACAAAGGCAAUUCAUCAUGAGCCUCAGUCACAAGAAGAUGCUGAGCCCACUAGCCCUACUAGCACUCAAUCGAACCAAAAUUCGUAUAUUUUACCAACACCUGUGGCGCGAAACAGGUCUCUGCCUCCUUUAGCAAGACCGCCUUCAAUUCACCAAGCGGGUGAGAAAAGGAAGUCAGUUGUGCUUCCACACUCUGCAACAUUGCCUCCUGUUCCUAGCGAGCCAGAAGAAGUGUUCGCUCAGGCUCAUGAAGUGCAUGCGAUUCUUGAAGAGGAAAAAGAAGAGCAAGAAGUCCCUGCGGUUCCUAAGGAGGAAAAGGAGGAAAAGGAGGAACACGAGUCAACUAAGGAAUCAGUGCCGGAGGUAGAGCCUCAUCAGGAGGAGCGACAUGUACACGUUGAGUCGCCAGAGACUAUUCGCGCAGAGUCACAGGAACCGGAAAUGGACGUUGCUCAUGAUAAACUCCAAAAGGAGUCAGCUACAGAGGUCGCCGAGCAGAAUUCUGAAGGGCAUCAUACCCCAGAUGCACCGUCUUCUGUAGAUGCUGCAUCUCAUACUGAUGUACCCGCUGCAGUAACACCGGAUGUCGAUACCAACAAGGAGCGUCAUGCAGUAGAGGAUAGCGAGGAUCAGGUUGUUGAAGAACAAGCAAAGGAGCCUGUGGUUGAGAAACCCAAGCUCCCUGAAAUUGAGAAUUCGGGGCCAGCUUUGAGCCAUGCUUCAAGGCCACGUCCAGCCAAGGGCCGUAAACUUCCCUCAGCACCUGUACCCAAUCCUGAGGCUAGCUUUGUCGCACAGUUGGAGGCUGAAGUCAAGGCUGCGCCCAUCCCUGAAGAAGUAAAACCAGAGCCUACACCUACACCUGUUUCAGAGAAGACAGCGCCUCCACCUCCACCCAAGCCUGUUAAACCUAUUUUCCAAAAGUUUCCUACCCCAUUUGCAGGAGCACAACCAUCCUCUGUUGCUCUACGACCAACGGGUCGCCGCGUAGGAUCAGGAAACGAGUCCCCUCAGGGUAGUGUUGGAUCAGCAAGUUCAUCGGCAGCGACGGAUUCUGCUGGCUCCACACCUGCAACGGGAUCACCUGCGGGGGCCCCACCACCAGCUGGCGGUGUCAAAUCACUCAGCUCAAGAUUCGGUCAGUUCCAGGGUGUUCCUACAACGGGUGGCAACAAUGCAGUACUGGAACUCGAGAUUGCCAAACUGCGACGAUGGAUGACAGAAGAGCUAGAUCGAGUUAAGAAGGAGCUUUCAGACGAGCGUGAGAGUCGAGAGAAGCUGGAGGCCGAAGUUAAUCAACUCAAAGCACAAUUGCAAGGAUAAGAAGGGUAGGGAAAAAAGAAAAAAAGAAAAAAAACGUAGAAGCCUACAAUUACAACAAUAAUAAUAAACUAGAAAAGUGCGAGUAAGCGUGGGAUACUUGUCUAAUCUAAGCCACACACAUGGUAAUUUCACUGCCA